UACGCCCCAGGGGCUGGUCACUGCCGUACUUGACUAGAUUUCGGUAAAAAAUUUAGAAAAGCGCCAUCUGCAAUCCUCUUCCUAAAGUAUUUAAUAUCUUCAAGUGAUAAUAGAUGGCUCUUUAAUCAAAAAUUAACUUCCAUAAAAUAUCACUAAAAUUAUUGAAAUCUAAAAAUUAUUUUAUAUAUUAGUAUUACGUAGGAAAUCUAUCAAUUAUUUUUAUUAAAUCUGUACACUAUUUUAUAUACAUAAAUUAUUUUUCUAUAAUUAUUUUUUUGGUUGGCAAUAAACCGUGCCAACUGCCAAUGCUGAAGUUAGAAUUUGAAUUUUAAUGGCGAGUACAGUACAUACAAUUUGUGUGUUAAGUUUUCGUCCAUUUAAGUGUUUUCUGCUGUUGACUUGCGUUGAUUUGAGUUUUACUCAUCCGCUGUGUUUUCGGUGAAUUAGUGAGUGAGUUGAGCUGUGCUCCUCUGUUUCAUUGUUUCACAUAACUUGCGAAAAGACGCCAUUAGUGUUUAGUAUUAUUUGCGAUAAAGACGCCUUUUGUGAUAUUUGUGAAAUAGACACUGUUAUUGUGUUAUUAGCGAUUAGAGACGCUUGUUUGAGUGCAUAUAAUCAUGCCGAGGCGGUGCGAAUUGGGAUGUUCACACAACCCGGGUGUGACACAACAUCAAUUUCCACACCCAGAAAAGAAUCCUGAGUUAUUCAAAGCCUGGGUUAAUAUAGUUGGUGGAAAACUGGAGACUGCAGAUGAUAUCAAAUUUUACAGAAAGCGAGUCAUCUGUGACAUACAUUUUGCAGACAAGUUUAAGAAUCGCAACAACCGUUUAAAUAACAUAGCUGUUCCUACUCUCCAUCUUCAGGGUGCUCCAUCACAAGAUGCUCAUAUGCCUCCUGCAACUCCACAUAUACCAACUGAACUUCCUAUGCCUGAACAUAAUAUAUGGAAUCUGCCUUCUACAUCAAAGCAAAUAGUCACUGGUGCUCCAUCACAAGAUGCUCAUAUGCCUCCUGCAACUCCACAUAUACCAACUGAACUUCCUAUGCCUGAACAUAAUAUAUGGGAUCUGCCUUCUACAUCAAAGCAAAUAAUCACUGCUGCACCUCCCAAUGCGUGUGUUAUAGCAGCAGAACAUAAUUAUUGCAGUAAACAUGGUAUACAACAAAGACGGAAACUUAAAGGAGACAAAAAAAAACUGAAAUCAACUUCAUCGCUGGAGAAUGAAUUAAAGAUUUCAAGAUUCCAAAUGAAGAAUUUAAAACCGAAAUUAUUCGGUUACGUAAACAGGUAG